AUGCCCUUCCUACCGCUGCUGGUGCUGUUGGCUGGCAUUACAUUGCUGAUUUCCCGUCGUCGAUACAGGGCAAUCGCCGACAGAGAAAGUUCUAGAGUGAUUGUUGGAGGCCAUACAUACUCCGAGAGUGUUGGAAAUGGACAGUCUUCGGUGCGCGAGGGAAAGGUUGAAUCCAUCCACAGUGCUUGUAUCAUCGGUGCUGGACCUGUCGGAGCAUUGACGGCAGUUGUUCUCGCGUCGCAGAAUCUACAUGUCCGAUUCCAUGUUGUCGAUGACGAUCCGCGUCUGAUCACGGCGUGGAAUUCGGAUCGCCUGCCAGUCUGUGAACCUGGUCUAGAUGAGCUUGCUUUUGAGGACCACGCCGUAGCUUCUGUGUCAACCGCGAAUACGAAAACUGCGAAAUAUCACUUUCUCAACAUCCAUGCCGGAAUAGCAGCAUCGGAUCUCAUCUUUCUCUGUGUGGAUCCUCCUCUGGACAACUCAUCCGGUGACGAGACUCCCGGCCUCGACCUAACAAACCUGAAAGCCGCCAUCCGCGCCAUCGCCCAAGUCUCAGCCGGACACAAGAUCAUCGUCCACCGGGGCACAGGGCCAAGCGGUAUUGUCCCCCGAAUCAAGAAAAUGCUCAAAAAAACCGCCUCCCCAUCCGCCUCCUUCGAAGUUCUCUCCAACCCCGAGUUUCUGGUCCCAGGAACCGCCAUCCGUGACCUUCUCUAUCCAGUCCGAAUCAUCAUCGGCCACAUCUUUUCCGAGGAUAUGUCACCAGAGGCACUAACCGCUCUGAAAGGCCUGUAUGCCUGGGUUCCCGAGGACCGCAUCAUCACCAUGGACGCCUGGUCGUCGGAGCUGGGUAAGAUCGCUGCGAGCGCAAUGCUAGCGCAGCAGACAAGCAGCAUCCAGUCUCUGCGCGCGCUCUGCGAGUCCACGAAUGCAAAUAUCACGCAUAUCGAGCAGAUUGUGGGGGCGCUGUCUGCGAUUAGGCAUGGGGCCGGUGGAUCGAGCCUGCUCAGGGACGUCGGGUGUCUGGUGUAUUUGGCACGGGAGCUGGGGCUACCGGAGGUGGCCGAGUACUGGAGGGAAGUACUGAAGAUGGAAGCGUAUCAGGUACGGCGCCUUGCACAACGCAUCAGCGGUAGUCUAACCAGGGGGGAGGAGAGGAGGGAUGUCGCCGUCCUUGGAUUCGCGAGCAAGUGGAACACGAUCGAGAUUGGACAUACGAGCGUGGCGCGACUAGUGCGUGAACUGACAUGUUCCGGCGUCAAAGUGGACAUCUACGAUUCGCAUGUGUCAAAGGAGCAGAUUGAGAGAGCGCUAGGCCUGGUCAGCGGCCAUCUGGAUGCCGUCACGGUCGUGGAGGAUUUGCACGCAGCCUGUUCCGGCUGCAGUGCGGUCGUCCUGCACACCGACUGGGACGAGUUCAAAGAGAAUCGGCUAGACUGGGAGAAGGUUGCGGGAGAGAUGGAGUCUCCAAAGGUGCUUUGUGGCCCUCAUGGCAUGCUUGAUCGGCAGAGGAUGGAGAAGCUGGGGUUCAAAGUGCUUUGA